GUGUCACUGUUUAUCACUGUCCUGUGCAGACACGCAUAUAAAAACACUUAAUGGUAGACCAUUGCAUAUGUGGGCAGUAGCUGGUCACCACCCUGACAAAACUUUGCGAGGCGACUUCGGGGCUUAAGCCACUGACGUUUGCUGAAAGAGAGAGCAGUUGAUGUACAAGAAACAAAGUCUUUUGUUUCAUUAUUUCUGUGUUACAAACAUUCAGAUCAUCACAGAAGCACGGGGAUAAAAGUUUAUAUUUCGCAUAUAAACACUGUUGUCUAAAGUAGCGAUCAAAAACAGAGCAAGUCGCCACCUGACGAUCAGAUAAAGAUUCUGUCUAUUACAACAUAACGCCAGCAGGUGGCGACAAGAGAUUUCGUUCAAAACGCAUCUCGUCUGGUCUAACCCUAGCAACACCUGUGGACGACAAUAAUGCACAAUACACUCAAAUCGUAUAUAAAUAUACAAUAAAUGAUUCGAACUAUGUAAGAGUCUUCAAAGUCUCUUAAUCGUUCUAGCAUUGUCAUUUCCAUAACAAGGGUGAUUAAUAAUAUGUUCAUCGCAGCGUUACUGUAGUAAACACUAUGGUAAACGUUUGUGAGGAUAAACUGGGAGCAGCCAGCAGGAACUCAACAGGUGUUUUCAUCACAGAAACUACGUUCGUUCACAUGCUGUUUUCUGUUUCAUUAAUUGUUAAAGCCAGUUUAGUGGCAGUUUCAUUGUGUCUAAUUAUGACACACUUUUCAUCAACUGUGUUUUCACCCUGUGACGAUAAAAGUGGAAAGCAGCUCACUUUAUAUACGACAUUGCACCUACUUUGGCUGUAAUCUAUAUCAUUAAAACCCUAAAAUUAAUCCUGAAAAGCAGACUACUGUAAAGCAACUGAGUGUGUCAGAUUCAGAAACAUAUAAAAUGUGCAGAGUAGCCCUGAAGACUGGAUUUGAGAACCACUGUUAUAGAUCAGAGAACUGUAAUGAGGCGAUGAAUCUCAGUGUGACCGCUAGAGGGCGCCGCUGCUCGCUUAUUUUUCUGCCUUUGCUCUAAGUCGUUUUUCUGUUUGCAGCAGUAAAAUCACGCGUAUUUGAGUUCCUCAUGUGUAGAAUAUGAGUCCAACUCUUUAACCGUAUUUUAAUCAUUAAUGUGUAGUGCUUCAGCUGUCUCUCUCUCUCUUUGUGUGUUAGAGCAGGGUCUCUCUCUCUCUGUGUAUGUGUGUGUGUUAGAGCAGGGUCUCUCUCUCUCUCUCUGGACACACGAGUUCAUUCGGAGCAGCAGUCUCGGAGAGCAUGACGUAACGGAGAGGAUCCAGACUUUUCCUUUGCGAUUUAUUUACUCGCCCGCCGACCCAAGGUUCUCCACGAGUCCUGUCGCUCCUAGACAUCAUGUCCAUCGCGCUCAAACAGGUGUUCAACAAAGACAAGACGUUCCGGCCCAAGCGCAAGUUCGAGCCGGGCACUCAGCGCUUCGAGCUGCACAAGCGGGCGCAGGCGUCGCUCAACUCGGGCGUGGAUCUGAAAGCGGCCGUCCAGCUGCCCCACGGCGAGGAUCUGAACGACUGGGUGGCCGUGCACGUGGUGGACUUCUUCAACCGCAUCAACCUCAUCUACGGGACGGUGUGCGAGUACUGCACGGAGAAGAGCUGUCCGGUGAUGUCCGGCGGCCCGCGGUACGAGUACCGAUGGCAGGAUGAGCACAAGUACAAGAAGCCCACGCCGCUGCCCGCGCCGCACUACAUGAACCUGCUGAUGGACUGGAUAGAGAUGCAGAUCAAUAACGAGGACAUCUUCCCUACCAGCAUCGGAAUUCCCUUCCCAAAGAACUUCAUCCAGAUCUGUAAGAAGAUCCUGUGUCGUCUUUUCCGCGUGUUCGUGCACGUCUACAUCCAUCAUUUCGAUCGGAUCCUCCUGAUGGGAGCCGAAGCUCACGUCAACACCUGCUACAAGCACUUCUACUACUUUGCCACCGAACUCAACCUUAUAGACCGCAAAGAGCUGGAACCGCUGAAAGAAAUGACCUCAAGAAUGUGUUUGUGAACGCCGGCGGCUGGACCGUUUCCAAACACUCACACCUGAGAGGCUUUUCUCAGGAGCUUUAAUCCGUGAAGUGGACGUUGCCGUGGAGAUGAGGUCAUCACCGGUGAGAUACCAGAGCCUGGUGACAUCAUCACUGAACCAGACUGAACUUUAGGGAGGAGGUUGAGAGAGACUCACAGCGAGCGCCGAUGCGGCGCCAUCUAGCGGUGAGGCGCGUGAGUCGCGCUGCGCUGACAGAACAAUCAGAGGGCAAAUCGAUCACUUAGUACUGUUUUGUACAGACACUGCUCAAAUCCACUGUAAGAAGUGGACACCUUAGUUUUAACAUUCAUCUCUGUGAGGUUUGGAUGAGCUGCUGUCAUUCGUUCCAUGUCGUUUUAUUUCUGUUUGUGUUGCACUGAAAUGCAGUGGGUCAAGUUUUAGUCACUGGAUCAUUUGAUGAAACGUCUAGCGGUCUUAUACAUUUGAUGCCCAGUUCAGCCACGGACAGUAAUUCUGUGAGCUGCACGUCAGUAUUCGUUGGCCAAUCGCAAUGUGACAGUGUGUUCAUCUUCAGCUGAGGAGCAUCGAAGCGAAUCAAAAUGGUCACGGUUUCUGUCGGAUCUGCGCUGAUUCUGUUCAGAUCUCAUGUUUGCAUCAUGUUACUAAACCACUAAUAUAAAUUAAGUUAAACUGGUGUUGUGUGAGUUCCAUUUUCAAGCUUUCAUCCAUAUUUUUUGUUUAAAACUUGAGCGCCCUGCCCUGUAAGUUCCAUAAAUAAUGCAAUAAACAAUAUUUUGAUUGUAUUCAACUGUCGCUUCCAACAUUUGUGAGAACAUAUAGCUGAAAUAUUUGAUUACAAAGGUUUUUUGUUUUUUUUUUCUUCAGAAUUUUGAUUGAAAUUAUUCUGUAUUCUGUAUCUCUAGUCGACCUGAAGAACGCUAACUUAGAGCUUAUAAGCGCUUUAUCAGUUGCACUUACCUUGAUUACAUGAAACCUGUAAGUCGGUGUAAUUGAAGGUGGAGUUUCUUAAAUGCUGCACAUCUUAAUUCUCUGUGAGAGAGAGACUGGGCUGGAUUAGAGCGUAGAUCUUGAGUGGUUUAAGGGGUGUUUCUGCUUUCUUUAAUCUUAAGAUUUGUGAGCUGAGGCCUAUAUAUAAGAGGCAUCGACUACAUCUCCGCUGCUCAGUGCUGCGUCGGAGCUCUUGACCGACACAUUUAUGCUCUUUAUUUUUCAUCAUGACACAGAACUCACUCGGAUUUCACUGCUUAAGCAUUUUAAUUAUCGGUCACAUUGUUUUUCCCUUUAAGCCGAUUUUCCUCUCAGGUCUGUCUGCCAGAGCGUGAGCGGGCACAGGAUUCAUCAUGGGUGAGAAAUCGUCCUCGUCCGGGCCGCCGCUGUGCGUGCAGCUCUUCUCGGCUGUGGCGCUGGUGUGUUUCAGCUUCUACUGUAUCGUCAAAGGAGUUUCCUUCGGCCUCUUCAACUGGUGGUACAUUCUGGGCGCCGCCUGUCUGCUGGCCACCGCCUUCGCUGCCUUCCGCGUCUACGAGGUGUGUCUUAUCAUGGCUCAGAGGGAGAUGGCCGAAGGAGAGUCGUGUGGGACGCUGCCAUGAGGAAAGGCCCCUUUGUCCCCGUUAGGACCUCCAGCCAGAGCGUCAGGAGCCAGUCUUCAUGUGGAGUGAAUUAAAGUAGAGCUGCAGACUGACAGAAUCCAUGAAGAGAACAACUGCUGAUUUCUUAUUUGACUGGUCAAAUAAGUGACAUGUAAAUCAAUAUAGUGUCUUUUACAAUUAAACAUUCACGACGCUGACGAUAAACUGACUUUAACUGUUUACUGUUGUCCUUUUGCAUUAUUGACAUACUGUUUUCCUACAUAAUACUGUAAAGCUGCUGUAAAACUGUCUGUAUUGUGUUAAGCACUGUACACAUAAACGUGAACUGAAACGCUGAUUUUUGUACGGCGUGCCUUUAG